AUGGUCAACACUGGCAAGCCUUCGCCGGGUUGUUUUGCCUGCAGGUCGAGGCGAAUCAAGUGCGAUACAACGCGGCCUGAGUGCAGGAAAUGCCGGAAGAGAGGCUGGAAAUGCCCGGGCUACCGAGAUCUCAAUGCCCUCAGGAUCGUCGAUGAGACCCAGAAGCAGUUCACCCGCUUCUCCGGGGACAAAGAGGGGAGCGAGGAUGGACCAGGCGUGUCGCCGACCAAGGACAUCAUCAUACGGCAGUACAUACCGCCCGGCGAGCGGUCAUCACCGUCGAGUGCCACCACCAGCAGCAUCACCGGCUCAUAUCCAUCGCCAGUGUCACAGGCUGCCACGCCAAGUAGCCCAAAGAGCCCGCUCAACUACGAGUCACAAUGGUCCAUGGAGAUCCCGCGCUGCAUCGGCACGCCUGUCGGGGAGCAGGUCUACAGCUACUUCCUAUCCAACUUCGUGCAGGGCACAUCGCUCCGCAACCAUGGCUACCUCGACUUCCUCUUUCCCCUCCUGGCUAACGAGCCUCCCGGCAAAGACCACCCGCUGCCCUUGGCCUUCUCCGCCACCGCCAUGAUCGCCUUCGCCGCCCGCCAGAAGGUCCCUGACCUGCUUCCGCGUGCCGAGGCGACAUAUCUGCGCGCACUCGAGGCCACCUUCCAGGCGAUUGGGGACCCCAAUCGGGCCCGCGACAACUCGACCCUCGCUUGCGUGACCUUGCUAACCACCUUUGAGGUAUACGACUUCCGCCAGGCAUUCGGCUCACAUCUCGACGGUGCAGUGGCGCUGCUCAAGAUGCGAGGCAAGGACGUCUUCCAGACCGUGGUCGGUCGCAAGAUCUUCCUCAUUCUAAGGUCAUUACUCGUAUCAAGAAGCAUAUGCUACGCAACCCCGCUGGAGCCAGAUCUGUACCACCUGACGGACGAGUUCCAGCAAGACCCAGCACAGCACCGGUUCGCGGAGCUGUCACUGCGGGCGGCGGACCUGCGCGUGGGCGUGGAGCGGCUGCUGGGCGGAUGGGGCCUGGGCCACGCGCCGCUGCCGCACCCGCCGCCGCGCGAGUCGGUCGCGGCCCUGCUGCGCGACGCCGAGGCCAUCGAGGCCGACUACGCCGCCCACAUCGCCAACCUGCCCAUCGCCUGGAAGGGCAUGACGGUGCGGUGCAUGACGCACGCCGACCCGGCCAUCAUGGGCGGCAUCGCCUACGUCGGCAGGGUCGAUGCCUACAUCGACAUGUUCAUCUGCUACAUCCUCAACUGGGCGCGUGCUGCGCGCCUCUACGUCCAGAACACGGCCAUGCGGUGCCGCGCGUGGCUGCUGGGCCCCGAGGGGGACUACCGUGAGGUGCCUGAGUACGCUGCUACCCAGCAGCUCUGCGAGGCCAUCAUUGCGGAUAUCGUGGCCUCGGUGCCGUAUGUGUUUGGUGCGGCGAGGGCGAGCUCAGGGUACACGGAAGGGGUGUCUCCUGGGCGAUACCAGCCGCCCAGCUUGGCCGGUGUGUUCUGCAUGUGGCCAGUGUUCGCGGCAGCAAGCUCGGACUUCGCCACGGAGACGCAGCGGACGUUCAUGAAGAGGACGCUCAAGUAUAUCUCGGAGGAGAUGGGCAUUGGACAGGCUGCCAUCCUUGCAAGCUAUAAUCUUCGGUCGCCCUCGAUGCCCAUCGCCUUCACACGCAUGAAACAGUUCGAGCAGCUGGGCAAGCCGUUCCAAGGGGUAGCAAUAGGGGCGGCGGCGGGGUCCACGAUGGCAUCCGGCCUCCGGGAUAUUGUCAAGACGACAGGCACGAUCAUUUCGUCGCCGCGGCCUCACUCGCUGGGGAUGCCACUACGGGUGCUACACGAGCACCCUGACUUGGAUUAA